AUGAAAAGAUAAUUAAAAUUGGAUUAUUAGAUAGUAAAGUAAGAUUUUUUGAAAUUUAAUGAUCUUGUCUAAAGAUUCAAGAAUCAGAAUAUAACUAGUUAAGAUGUCUUCAAAUUGGCAGAAGAAUUUUAAGAAUAAUAUUAUGAUUUUGUAAUUUUUAAGAUACAUAUGAACAAAAUAUUUUGGCAAAGUUGGGGAUUGGAAUUAGCAAAUAUUUAAUUAAUGCUUAUGUCUAGAUUUUUGCUUAAAAUGCUGGAGUUAAGUAUAAUAUUUUAUAAAUUUAUAACAUAACUACAAGUAUUAUAAUUAUACACAUGUCCUGGAUGGGUAAAUAUAGAGAUGGCUGUGGAUGAUGCUGAAUUGACAAUUUAUCAAGGAGUCUUAAUGCAUAUAAUAUAUAUUUUUAAAGGUUUAAAUAUAAUUAUACACUAUUGUUUUACUUUAUGGAUUAAUUUUAAUUGUUUUUAUAUGAAAAAUUAUUUUGAUAUGUCAUUUAAUUUUUAUAUAACAAUAAUGUGA